UAGACAUAUGUCUGGGUGCCUUGCUGCGCGCAUGCGCGCCAUUCCCCUUUCCCUCCCCUCCGCUCCUUUGCCUUCUCCAACCUGAAGUUGCCUGUGGAGCAACUUCAUUCGGGGCUCCGGGCGCUGCUGCAGCUGCAAGGCAGACGAUGGCACCUUGGCUGAAGUUCUGCUCCUUCUUCUUCUCCCUCACUGCCUGCUUCGACGGCCCGAGGCUGGCCGUGUCCGCGGGAGGGACCAGCGGCAGCGGGGGCAGGAAGGGGCCAGCGGGAGAUGCUUGUGGCUGGAAGGCUUUAUCGCCAAUUGGAAAGAAUCCCGGGUUACUUAAUAUCACCUUUAAGUAUGACAACUGUACUCCUUAUUUGAGCUCACUGGGAAAGCAUGUAAUUGGUGAUGUACAGAACAUCACUAUUAGCCAGUAUGCAUGCUCUGAUCAAGUUGCCGUGACAAUACUGUGGACAGCAAAUCCCAUUGGUAUUGAAUUUCUGAAGGGUUUUCGAGUAAUACUUGAAGAGUUAAAAUCAGAGGGAAGACAAUGUCAACAGUUGGUCUUAAAAGACCCAAAGCAGCUGAAUUCAAGUUAUAAAUGGACUGGAGUGGAGUCUCAGUCUUUUCUCAAUCUGAAAUUUGAAACUGACUACUUUGUGAAGGUUGUCCCUUUCCCAUCCAUUAAGAACGAAAGCAACUACCACCCAUUUUUCUUCAGAACUCGGCCCUGUGAACUGCUACUGCAGCCAGAAAACUUAGCCUGCAAACCUUUCUGGAAGCCAAGGAAUCUGAACGUUACCCAGCAAGGCUUUAAUAUGCACGUGUCUUUUGACCAUGCACCGCAUAAUUUUGGAUUCAGAUAUUAUUAUCUGCACUACAAACUUAAAAACGAAGGACACUUCAAACAGAAGACUUGCAAACAGGAAAAAAAUACAGAUGUCACAAGCUGUAUUCUUCAGAAUGUCUCACCAGGAGAUUAUAUAAUAGAGCUGGUUGACGAUACCAAUACAACAAGGAAAACAAUGCAUUAUGCAUUAAAACCAGUGCACUCCCCAUGGGCCGGGCCGAUAAGAGCAAUAGCCAUUACAGUUCCAUUGGUUGUCGUCUCUGCAUUUGCAACACUUUUCACAGUGAUGUGCCGCAAAAAGCAGCAAGAAAAUAUCUAUUCCCAUUUAGAUGAGGAGAGUUCAGAAUCUUCAACCUAUUCUGCUGCCCUCCAUGUGGAAAGGCAACGACCUCGGCCCAAAGUGUUCAUCUGCUAUUCCAAUAAAGAUUGUCAGAAGCACAUUAAUGUCAUCCAGUGCUUUGCCUAUUUCCUCCAGGACUUCUGUGGUUGUGAGGUUUCUUUAGACUUAUGGGAAGAUCUGAGGAUUUGUAAAGAAGGUCAAAAAGAGUGGCUUCAUCGAAAAAUCAACGAGUCCCAGUAUAUUAUCAUUGUGUGUUCCAAAGGAAUGAAAUACUUUGUGGAGAAAAAGAACUGGAAGCAUAAGGGACCCAAGGAGAAGGAUGCGGCAAAGGGAGAACUGUUUCUGGUCGCUGUAGCUUUAAUAGCAGAGAAGCUGCGUCAUGCAAAACAGAACUCACAUGACCUCUGCAAGUUCAUUGCUGUCUACUUCGAUUACUCCUGUGAGGGUGAUGUUCCUGGUAUUCUGGAUUUAACUACAAAGUACAAACUCAUGGAUAACCUGCCUCAGCUUUACUCCCAUUUACAGUCCAGAGAUCUUAGCCUUCAUGAUUCAGAAUUGUAUCCUGUACACAUCAGCAAAAGGAAUUAUUUCAGGAGCAAAUCUGGGCGCUCUCUUUAUGUCGCCAUUUGCAACAUGCACCAGUAUAUUGACCAGGAGCCAGACUGGUUUGAAAAGCAGUUUGUUCCCUUCCGCCCACCUCCUUUACAUUACCAAGAGCCAGUGAUGGAAAAAUUCGACUCUGGAUUGGUACUAAAUGACUUAGUUGGUAAACAAGUGACUGAUGGGGAUUUCUUCCUGAAAGCAGAUGCAAAUAUUGUUCUACCUUUGAAUUCAGACUCUCAUUGUGUGAUGCAACAUUUUAAUCUUGGCGAGGACAGAGACUCUCAGGACAUUCAGAAUAGUAGCUGCAUUCUUCAGCCAUUGCUACAUGUCGUAAAGGCUGCCAAUCUCCCAGAUAUGCCCAGGGACUCUGGGAUUUAUGAUUCUUCUGUUCCUUCAUCUGAAUUAUCACUCCCUUUAAUGGAAGGACUCAUAGCAGACCAAAUUGAAACCUGUUCUAUUGCAGAGAGCGUCUCUUCUUCAUCAGGACUGGGAGAAGAAGAACCUCCUUUGCUUGCUGCCACCAAAUCCUUGGUGCCUGGAAUAUGUAAAGCAGAACUUCACUGCCAUAUCCGCACUGAAGAACUGCAGCCGAUCGCACCUUUAUAACACACUGCAAGAUUGUUACGCAUUGCCACUUUAUCAUCGACAGCCUCUGUGUAUGCAUUAAUCUCUGCGUUAUCACAGCCACUUGACUUACUUGAAGGAAAAUACACUUUCCUAGCAGAUUAUCUGUUGCUCCCCAGGAGAGUUUAUGGCCAGUAUAUUUUUAUACAUAGUUCUUUUUAAAAAAAUAAAAUAAAGUAUUUUCUGCUUUGAUACUGUAACAGCUAAGAUUUUUUUUUAUUAAAAAAAGUUCUUCCUAGAACCAGACUCAUGAUCAAGUUAUAUAUACAGAAACUGAACAUGUCUACUUUCUGAAAUAUGUAUUUUGAAGUACAAAAUGAGUUGCCAGUAAUGUCUGGCACUCUGAUAAUUCAGUGCAUUAUCUUAUAUAUGCUUCUGGCUCUUAAAUACUAAAGUACUGUCUACAAUAAUAAGUCUGCAGCAGGAAUUGGGGGAUGGAAGGGCAGAAUUCAGUGUUAAAAUGCCAAAGACUAGUUCUAUAAAGGAUAGACUUUAUUAAAAAAAAAAAAAGAAAUCUCUCAUUUUUUUCGUUCAUGUUUAUCUGCCCCAUUGUGUUUUGGUAGAAAAUUAAAACAUGUCACAUUUUUUGUGUCUUAUGUUAACCUGUCGACAUAUUUAUGUUAAUCUUUAUUUUGCCAUUUCAGUUUGAGAAUAGUUUACAUUUAAACUCAAUUAUGUUUACUAGUUCUCUUCAGACUUUCAUUUUAGGAUUAAUUAUUUGUUGUUUAGGGAAAAUUGAAUCUCUGCAAAUGUUCUUAGUUGAACCUGUAAACACUAAAAUGCUAUGUAUAGUCCAGUAAAACCAUUAGGCUUUGAGGAAGGGGGAAACUAUAAGCAAUUGUUAUAGGCCGAACCUUUGCUUUAUAUGACUGACAAAGUGUCCUUAACAUCAUACUAAAAAUCUCAGAAAAUCUUAAUGAUAAGAUAAUAAUGAAGUUAUGACCUCCAUUUUACACUGGUGCCAUGGAUUUGUUACAUAUAUAAUUGUUCAUGCAUAUAUACAUUAUUUUCCCCAUUUGUUUGGUAUUUUUAAAAGACGCAAAUGUAUUAAGCAUAUACAUUUUUUAAAACAAGUUGUAUGUGCAGCAGCAGCACAACAACACAAAAUACAAGUGCAUAACAGUCAAAUGUAUGGAAAAAAUCUGGAUGUACAUGCAAAUUAAAUAUUCAGAGUCUUUGGAAUCAUUAAGCAAAGUCCAUUGAGAGACAGCUUUUGCAAAUUGUAUUAAAUGUAUUGAUCACAAUUGCCCUAAAACUGUUUUAGUCUAAGGUGGGUUAGUGUUUAAUUGCAAUAACUACAUCAAAUUUAGUAAGAAACUGUUGAUGUUAUUCUGAAAUGAAAACUUUAUUGAAUGGUUUAAACAUGAGAGGAUAUUUUGCUGAAGAAUCACUGCCGUAAAUAACGGUAUUUCUGCCCAAGGUAACUAUGCUAAAUUUUUUUUAAAAAAACUUUGCACUGCCUGCCAUGGUUGAUAUUCUAUUGCCUGCUCCUUUCUAUUUGUGUGCUGACCAGCUGGAAAGCUAGCCUGUGUAUCCUGAUUACUUGAAAGUUCAUACAGCAGUUGCACCAUAAUACCGUACUUUUCGUUCCACAGCAAUCAAGGCACUUCUGUCUGGCAGCUUUCCCUUAAUUUCAAAGUAAAAUGUGUUCAGUGAUUUUUAAAAAUUUAAAGACAAGUGGCAAACUUGGCAAACUAGGAUAGCAAAACACAUAAUAAAAAUUUUGAAUGGAAGGUCCAACUAGAUGAUGCAGCAGCUAGAACAUUGGGUGCCUGCGAACAGAUACAAAGAGGGUGCUUUCUUCUCAACAAUUAGUGUUGCCUCUGCACAUGCUGUUCCUCUCAAAACACUCCCCCACCAGCCCCCGUUGGCUCCAAGAUCAGAAGCAAACUCCACUUGAAGAGAGGGGAGUGUGAAUUGGGGAAAGGGUUCAGAAAAUGCCAUAUCUAGUUAAGUAGAGAACUCCCCCCCCCAAUGUUGUUAGACCACAACAGCCCCAGCUAGGAUGGCCAAUUGUCAGGGAUGAAUGGAAUUGCAGUUCAUUAACAAGUUACUAACACUUGCCCUAAAUUAAUUAUUUUAAUUCUUCAGAUUUUCAAUUCAGUCACAGAUUUGGCAGUUUUUCCUUACAGAUGUCAAGUUUUCAGACACUUGAAGGAUAAAUAUUUUCAAUUUGAUGUGGUUGGCUUGUGUAUUUUCAGGUGGUAAAAUUUGUUUAUGUGCUUGUAAGCCUGAAAGAGCAAGAAGUAAAUGCCUAAGCAUUGCCUAUAACUCCUUUGAUCUUUCUCCAGACUUCAUAGUUCUCUGCUGCUGUUUUGUUUGUUCUAAAUCAUUUUUUCCAGAACCAGCAGUGUGAAAGGGGUGAUAUCGCAGCCAGCUUGCCAUUCCUCUUUCAUACAGUUCUUUUAUUCUGACACAAGUGAUUGAUAACAACCACCAAUUAUUUCCCCAUAACCCAAAGUAGAUAACUUCUUACCUAGGGACAAAGAACAGCCAUAAAAAUAGGUAGAGCAUCUAUAUGGUGGGAAAGAAAUUGCAACAGUGGUACUAUAGAUAACCAGCGAACUCUUCCUACAA